AUGCCGAUCGACGCCGUCGUCGCCACCGACAACCACAUGAUCUCCGGAGAUUGUAACCACCGAUGUCACCUCUCCUUCGUUGCUUCUCUGGUGAACAGAUGUCACAAACGCUGUCAAACACCAACACCAUCGAGCGCAACUAUCACCGCCGACGUCUACCUUCUACACGUUCUGAUUUGUGUUUGUCUUCUACAUCUGAUCUCCGAUUUGUGUUUGUCUUCAACCUCUGACCUCCGAUAUCUCCAAAACAACCAAAAAUACAUCGUUUUCUCCUUUUUUGCCACUGGCGACCACCUUUUUCCGGCGAAGAUCCACCGCCUACCUCUAGACUUGCUUCCAAUUCCUCCAGAUCUGCUUUCGGUGCUUCCAUAUCUGUUUCCGGUUCCAACGGGUCUGUUUCGUCUCCGACCAUAUCCUGCUACCUUCUUCAUCUCCGCCGUCUCAUCUAUUAGCUAUUAG